CAGUAAGAAGAUAAAAGGCAUGACAUUUGAGUGUAGACACUAACUGCUCGCCGAAGUUGUUUUUCCAGCUUGUCUGUGCGUGAACGUUUCAUCUGCACCAUGAAGAUUCUGCGGGUGUCUUUAUUUGCUUGUGCCAUAAUUGUUCUGACUUCAGCAGAAUUCUGCACAAUAGAUGGAUUAUUCAAAAACUGUCCCCGCGGCUGGAAAGAGUUCCGUGGCCGCUGCUUCCUUUUCGUCGAGACAGAGUUGUCCUGGGCCAAAGCUGAGAAAUACUGUCGGUCCAUGAAUGCAAACCUCGCAUCAAUUCAGAGCGAUGAUGAGGAGGACUUCCUGGAUGAGUACCUUGACGGGAAAGGCAGUCCAGACACAUGGAUUGGAGCGUCAGACUGUGUUCAGGCGGACAGCUAUUGGUGGACUGACGGGGCAGACUUUGCCAAUGUAGAUUGGUGCGAGGGGCAACCAGACCAGGACGGGAGCCGAUACUGUUUGCAGCUUAACAAUAAUGAUGACUGCUGGAGUGCUGAAGAUUGUUCAAGCACAAAGCCAUUUUUAUGCGCCAAAAACAUCUAAGGCAAUGUGAAAAUGGAUGCAGGCAAUCACUUGAUCUGUGACUAUGUCAUCUGAACAUCGAUGAGAUGGAAGGAAUUGCAAGGAAAACACGCUUUCUUUCUCAACCAAUGUCUAAUAAAGUU